AAAACAUUGAAAAAGCUUCCUCUCGUGAAAUUUAUUUAUUUCGCUAAUGAGAGACUUUCUCCUAAACUUCCUCUCCAGCAAAAAAUGUACUGAUUAGAAAUUAUUCAUAUAUAGUCAUUAAAAGAUAAUGAAAAAGAAAGAAAAAAAAAGUUACAUUUUUAUUAAAAUUUUCUCGCGUUUUUCCGGAGUUACAAUGUAGAUUUUUUACUACCAUUAAAUGUCAAUGAAAUAUCGUAUCCUAAGAUUUUUCUUGUAAACCUUUAAUAAUUAUUAUAAGAAUUAGGUUUAUAUUUUAAAUUCAAUAAAAUUAUUUUCAAUGAAUGAUCAUAAAUGUGACUUUAUAUUUUUUAUUUUUAAUUAUUUAUAAUAACUGUUUAAAAUAAAAAUUUUUCAUCAUUAAAUAAAAAAAUCAAUUUGCAUAAUUUUUUUACUUUUUUUUACUUUGGCUCCAUCUAUCCGUUUUUUUUUAAACUUGAAAAUAUAUAACACAUGAUACAUACAUACAUACAUAUGUAUGCACACAUACUAUAUGUAUAUUAUCACAAAACUCAUGCAUGGCUUUGUGAGUACGUAGAACUGUUUCAAGUGACAGUUCAAAUGUAUACAGGAUAAAAUAAUAAUAAUAGUAUACAGUAAACAUAAAAUGUUAUAUUUUUACACAAGUAGUUGUGUAUUAAAUAACAAUACAUAGAUGUUGUUUAUUUCAAGUAAAUUAAUAACGUGGCAUUUAAAAUAUGCCUCAACAAAAUCCAUCAGAUCAGUAUUCUACUGGGGUCGGGUUGAUUUAUAUUUUUAAUUUAAUUGUUGGAACUGGUGCAUUGACAUUGCCAGCUGUUUUUAGUAGAGCAGGAUGGCUUCUUGGAACUCUAGUUAUUGUAACUCUUGGCUUUAUCAGUUUCAUCACAGUAACAUUUGUGAUAGAAUCUAUGGCAUCAGCAAAUGCCAUAAAUGUUUGGCUGAAAAUAAAAGCAAAAAAAAAAGCUCUUCAUAGAAUUGGUGAAGCUGAAUUUGUUGAUUCUGAUUCAGAGGAAACACCACUGGUUGUUGAAUCAUCUGUAACAAAUGAUGAUGCUGAAAUAACAUCUAAAUUCUAUACAAUAAAUGAUAAAAUAGAAAUAGGUGAAAUGGCAUCAAUAUUUUUUAACAAACUGGGAAUUUCAAUGUUUUACAUUUGUCUAGCCGUUUAUUUAUACGGUGACUUGAGUAUUUAUGCAGCUGCUAUUGGAAAAUCAUUAGCAGAUGUUGCUUGCAAUUAUUUACCAGCAAAUUUAACAUGUAAUGAUACAAUACCAGAUAAUGUAUCCUGCUGGGAAGGUUCAUCUGUCACAAGAUUUGAUGCUUAUCAAAUAUCUUUGACAACUUUCAUCUUGCUGCUCGGUCCAUUUGUAUUUUUUAAUAUUCAAAAAACUAAAUACCUUCAAGUAUUAACGUCAAUAAUGCGUUGGCUAGCAUUUACAAUAAUGAUUAUUUAUGCACUAAGAAUUCUUAUUGUCAAUGGUCCUCAAGCAUCACCUCCAGCUGCUAAUGUGAAUGGUAUCCCGGGACUUUUUGGAGCUUGUAUUUAUUCAUUUAUGUGCCAUCAUUCACUACCGGCGUUAGUAGCCCCAAUAACAAAUAAAAAAAAAUUAAAUCGUUUUUUAUUAUUUGAUUAUACAUUAAUAGCAGGUUUUUAUUUAUUACUAGCAAUUACGGGUGCUUUCUCUUUUGCUCAUCUCGACGAUUUAUAUACCCUAGAUUUUGGGCCUCGCGGCGCUGGUGACUGUUCCAAAAACACAAAUAUUUUUUUAAUUAUUAUUGAAUACUUUCUUGCUUUAUUUCCCGUGUUUACAUUAUCAACUAGUUUUCCUAUAAUAGCAAUAACAUUGAGAAACAAUUUAUCAUCACUGUUUCUUAAUAACACAACAGUAUACACUUUAUGUCUUCGUAAAAUAUUAUUUCCAUUUUUAGCAAUAAUUCCCCCUUAUGUUAUUGCAAUGUCAACUAAAAAUUUGUCAUUUCUUGUUGGAAUUACGGGUUCAUAUGCUGGUGCAGGUAUACAGUAUAUAAUACCAACAUUUUUAGUUUAUUAUGCUCGUAAAAAAACUUGUAAUAUUAUUGGUGUUAAUGUUAUAAAUAAUUUUAAAAGUCCAUUUAUUAGUAAUUAUUGGCUUUGGUUCGUUUUUAUAUGGUCUGUUGUUUGUAUGAUUUUAGUAACUGUUAACUUUGCUGAGCAUCAUUUUUAAUUUAUUUUUUUAUUAUUAUUAUUUUUUUUUUACUUGCAUUUUAUACUGAAAUAAAUAUAAAUAAUUUUUGAUGUACUAUUAAGGGCAUUAUCAGAUAGUGUCCCCCAAUUACUCGGAGUUCCGGAAUUUUAGAAAACUCUGCAUACUGAGUAAACAAGGAGUUUGGAUUUUCAGUGAAGUGAUUUCAGAGUGAUCUGGAUUUUAUUUAAAUCCGCGUUCACUCCGCAAAAUUUUUAGAAUGCGAUCGUAUUAAAAUUUUAUUAAUCAAUUUUAAAAAAAUAAAAAAUUAAAGCAUUAAUUGAAAAAAAAAAAUAACCUGAUUACAAUUUCUCCAAAAUAUAGGCCAGUAUUCAUAGUUAGACCUUACGACAUAAGAUAUUAUUUAGCAUGAGUAAGACGAUCAUGAGCUGUAAGUUCUGACUAUGAAUACCGACCAUAGAAUUAAAAAAAAAAAAUUACUUACAGUUGUCAUCAAUUAGAAGUUAAAGGAAAUUUAGUAAAAAAAAGUUUGGCUUACAAAAUUUUAAUAAAAUUAUAAUAAAGUAAUUUUUUAAAUUUAUAUCUCGGUAAAAUUGUAUCUGCGUUGUCCUUUUUUUAAUUAAUGCUUUAAUU